AUAACAAACUUUAGUUUGCAGAAAUCAACGUUAAAAAAUAUAAAGAUACUUGCAGUAAAAUGAAGAUUCAAGUUGUAGUCGUAUUGGUCUGCUUAAUAAUUUUUCAACAUUCUGAAGGUAAACCCUAUGGUAAAGUCAAAUGCAAAGUCAAGGCAAAGUACAACUACGAAUUAAGCGGUGAGAAAUAUGGGUACUAUGGCCAGGGAAAUCCGUGCAGAAGGUGUAAAGCCCCCUGCAAAACUCUGCCAACAACAUGUCCAGAUGGAUACACGAAACUGACUAAUCAAAGUAUUAGCCCAAAUUGUUACCUUUUUGAAGGCCGCAAUAGGACGGAUAGAACAGAUUGGCAUGUAGCAAAUGCGAUAUGCACCAGUACUCCUGGUGCUUACUUGUGGAUUCCAGAAACAAGAGAAGAGGCUGAAGCAGUUUUUGUCAAAUUUGAUAUAUAUGGAAAGUUACGAGAUUUUGAUGUUUUCACUGGAGCAAACAAUCUAGCUGACAGAUACAGUUAUGUUUAUGCAGUAACAAAUGCCACAUUUGACCCGAACAAUCUACCAUUUGGUAUACCAUUGAGUGGUAACCCUCAUUUUAAUAUUAAAAAUUGUUUCGAACUUGAGUGGGAUGUGGAAAAACGUGUAUUUGAAUGGGACGCUGAUAAUUGUUCUGGAAGUUCAAACGAGGCAUAUAUUUGCGAGUUUCCAAUUGCCAAAGCAUGUUACUAG